ACACUGACAGCAGAAUUACAUACAGAGAAGAAGAUGACCGAGCAGAGAGGAUACAGCUCUUAUGUACAUGUAGGUCAUUUAAUACUCUUUCUUGAAUAGUAAUGCACAAAGGCAGAGAUGUGUUGUAGUUUUUAGUUUUUUACUUUUCUGACCCUCUACAUGUUAAGUAUUUUAAGUGACAAAGCUUGUAAGGUCUUCCUUUGUGAUAUCUAUUAGCUCGUAGUCAACUAGAGCCUCCAGACUUCACCUAUAUUUGAGUCAUGUAACUGUCAGGAUGUGUUGUUGAAAACUGGACAAAGGUUUUAACAGUUACUGUAACAUUGGCCCAGAUAUAACCUCAUUUUUUACAUUUCUUUAACGCUGCCGAGAUUACACUUUAUGUUUAGUUUCUCUUGGAUGAAGUCAGUCUUUGCAGGUCGCUUUACACGCUGUCGUAAAUACCGACCAAAACUACAAAUAAAGUUGCUGAAAAUAAUAACCAAACAUUGUUUUAUAUCACCCUUUGUGACAGAAAAAAGAACAGGACGUGGAUGAAUUGUCAAGACAGUCAACGAGAGUAGAUGGGAAUUUAAUUGAAGCUGCUAUGAGGAAUUUUAGCUGACAGAAAUCUUGCAGGAGCUAAAGAUAAAACUCAGAAGUAAAACAAGUUAAAAGCUUUUAACUAGUUUAUAGUGUACCAAUGAAAAUGUGGGCUCAAAAUAUCUAUCUUAUUUGGUGUAAUAGCAACAUAUUUCUGUGAAUUGUCAGUAUUUAGGAGAUUUACAAACCAAGAUUUUUUAAAAUAUUAGUUACAUGAGGAAAAACAUAUUUAACUUGAGGCUGUAACCAACAGGGAAAUGAAAUAAACAGGACAGUUAUUGAGACAUGUUUAUAUACAUUGUAAAUAUGAACAUCUUUCUGUAUGAAAAAGUCUAACCUGACAGUCUCUAACAGUGUAACUUGCUGCUUUGAGGUGACUCAUGUCCUAUAUCAUACUUAGGGGAGAGUGGGGUAAGAUGAGCCAUUUUUCAUAUUUCGGAUCACUACAUCAAUGUAAUCAUAGUUUUGUCUCUAACUCGUGUAUCUGCAUAUAUUUCAAGAUGUUGUUCAUCCCUGCAAACCAACAGAAUGAGUGUAAACAGAACUGUCUUGAUAAUAUAGCAUGCCAAAAAAGUGGUCUCCGAUGGUCAACUUACCCCACUCUCCCCUGUUCCAACUUCUCAUAGUCUGUUGAGAUAUUGAUGCUCCUUCACAGAGAGAUGAAAAGAUAUUUAAUUAAUUGGUUGAUUACUUUGUGUUUCUCAAAUCCACAGGACUUCACCAGCAAUGACGUGCACUUCCCCUCUCCUUUGUGCCGGCAGCAGCUUCUACCACGGCUAUUUUCUGCUCAUUAUAUCUCGACAGUCUCUGUACCUCAGAAGGCUCAGCUCCACUUCUCAGAUGAGUCGCAGUCUGCAAGAGAGCUACAGACUUCUUCAACUUCCUGAUGAGGGACACAGCAGUCCUGUGCAGGUGAAAGAGGCCUACCUACGCCUUGCCAAGCUCUAUCAUCCGGACUCCGGGGCUCCGACUGCAGACGCUGGGCUGUUUGCUCAGGUAGAAGAGGCCUACCGUGCCGUGCUGGCUCAUCAGAGCAAAAUUAAGCAGCCUGAUGGAGGGAAAGAGGUGGAGGACGAGGAUAAGCCUAGAGGUACAGCAUUUCAGCACAGACACUACCUCAGCUAUGAAGGGGUGGGUACUGGAACCCCCAGCCAGCGAGAGCGUCAGUACAGGCAGAUUCGUGUGGACCGGGCCUCCGAGCAGAUUUUGAACUACCGACAGAGGGAGCAUGAGAGAGCAGCCGCUGCAGAUGGGGCGCUGGUGGAGCGAGAUAUGCGUCAGCGCAGCCGAAAGAUAAAGAUCACCCAGGCUGUGGAGCGACUGGUGGAGGAUCUAAUUCAGGAGUCCAUGGCCCGUGGAGACUUCAGGAACCUGAGCGGAGCUGGGAAGCCCCUCAACAAGUUCGAGCACAAUCCAUACGCAGAUCCCAUGACCCACAACCUCAACCGCAUCCUCAUAGACAAUGGUUACCAGCCUUCAUGGGUUGUCACACAGAGGGAUAUCCGAGAGGCCACUGCGAACAUCCGAAAAAGGUUACUAGAGGGGAGGGCCAGGCUUGGUGACCACAUGACUCCAAAGGAACAGGACCAGUGGGAGCAGCUGUGUGCAUCUGUUGAGGAGGAGUUAGUGAAGCUUAACAAGCUGGUGGACAACUACAACCUCAUCGUACCGAUGCUCAAAAUGCAGAUGGUUCACUUCAGUUUGCCACGAGAGAUCGAGAGAGCUGUGAACGGAGCUCAAGCACGUAGACUGGAGCAGCAGAGAGAGAGGGAGAAGGAGAGAGAGAGGAGGAAGGAGGAGAAGAAAAGAGCCAAUGCUGUAGCGAGGCCUAAAACUACCAAACCUGGCCUGAUGUCCUGGAUGAAGAAUUUACUUGGAUCUAGAAACUAGGUCUGGACAGGAAAUCGGUUGGAGAACAGUUGUUUAUAACCUCGUACCAUUACCUCGUCACACAGACUUGGAUGCCAGUAACAAAGUUCAUGUUCAACAACAGUAAAUGAGCAAGACACUUAACCCACGUUGCUCCCAGUGUGUGUGUCCUCCACUGGUGUAUGACUGUGAGUGUUGUGUGGUGGUGGUCGGAGAGGCCGUAGGCGCAAACUGGCAGCCAUGUUUCCGUCAGUCUGCCCCAGGGCAGCUGUGACUACUAAGGUAGUUUACCACCACCAGGGUGUGACUGUGUGAGCGAAUGAAUGAUGUAUCCAAUGUGAAGCGCUUUGAGGUCACUGACAAAAAGCGCUAUAAAAUCUGAUGCAUUAUUAUUAUUUAUUAAAGGAUAAUUUAACAAAUUUAGAGAGUAAAAAUAAAUCUCUGUCGACAAGGGAAAAGGUCCAUAACUGAUACUAGGUGGUCAUGAUCCUCAGGCAGCACUGCAUAAAAAAUCAGACAUGACUCAAACACUUCACUCAAAACCACUUUAAUAAACCACAGAACAGUUUGUUGUUGCAUCUAGAAAUGCAGGAUAAAGCUGUUUCAUACAAGGAUACAAGAAUGUACAAUCAUGAUCCAGAGAGCUGGUGACUUUUCUGGGCCUGAGCCUGUUGAAGAUGGUCUGAGGUGAACCGGAGGACUUCCUGUGGUCUGACACGUCAAAAUUUGACAUUCCUUUUGGAAAUCAUGGACAUCACACCUUCAGCUCGAAAGACAGACUAUCCAGCUUGUUAUCAGCACACUGUUGGAAAGCCAACAUCCCUGAUGCACAGCUCCCCUAACAUGGGUAGCAUACGCAUGGUUUCAACAUUUAGUAUGCUGUCUUUACAAGUUUCAGUUAAAUAUAGAGUCAGAAUGAUUUACAAAACCUCAAACAGAGAUGGCGAGGACACAAAAGUAACCUCAUAACUGUUGGUCAACACUCAACUCAAAGCUCUGAUUCAGUAGGUCCACUUAUUCAAUUCUUGAAAAUACUGUUAAUGCCAUCUUUUAUAAGAGAACAGCACCAAGCAGUCAUGUUUGCUCAACCUUGAGGGAAAUGCAUGUGUUGGAAUAUCAAUAAUGUGAUGUAGUUUAAUGAUUCAGGUUGUUUCUGUGAAAUUACUGAUCCGUAAAUUCAGAAUUAAAACUUUUUGGUUGCUAUGUGACAUUAAAAAGUUAAGAUAAUUCAAAAUCUCAUGCUGAAGACUCCAGUCAUAUUCUAGUCAGGAAGCUGCUCUUGUGUUGCAGGGUUGCAGAUGACGACAGGCUCCUUUCUACCAGCUCUGGUGCCUGCCGUCUCCCUGUGUAGAGCCUCGGCGACGGCCCUGGUGGGAGUCAGCACCUUGGUCCAGUCAUGGGCGAUGUACUGGUGGUACGGGUCCUGAGAGCUCUCCAGCUUCUUGGAGCGGAUGUAGCUGAGCAUGAUGCCAAGCGUGAAGAAGCUGAACAUGCCAACCACCAGAAAGAUGUACACCAUGCUGUGGGACUGAGUGUGAACCCUGGCGGCUCCUGGCACUGGAUGCAAAGCUUGCUGGGUAGUGUAGUUCAGUGGUACCAGUGGGGACAGUACUUUUGUGCUGUUAAGGCAGUGCUGCAGGAAGGAGAGAAGGAGCGACUGCAGCUCAGUGGUGUUGAUAUAUGACAUGUCUGACCUCUGCUGGAGGACCAGGGAACUGCAACUGAGGAGGAAACUCAGGACAGUCAGUCAGGAAAGGUUCGGAAAAUAUACAUUGCCCCAUCAGGUAACAUUGAAAAAACAUUUUACAUUUAUCCUUUUGUGAUGCUGGAUGGUUCACUCUGCGCCUCUAUGCUUAACUCGUACGGAACAUCUCAGACUGAUUUUAAUUCGAUAUGACACAAAGCGCUUCUUUGCCAUUAAAAUGUGCCAUAAGAGAGCAAAGGUAUUUUGUAUAAAGGCUGCAGCAGGAAGGAGGAAGACACUGCAACAGCUGAACUACAGUGUGCAGAGAGGGACCAACUAGUACGCAAUAAAAUACGUUUUUAAUAAUAAAUGAGCAACCAAUAUGUAUCAGAUGAGAUUAAUUCAGAAUUCUUGGAAUAAAACGGAUGCAUAAAGAAAGACUUAAAGGAAAGAAAUAGGAAAGAUGUGGUUAACAAAAAUCUGGUGACUUUAAUCUUCAAACCGUGUAUCUGAAAUCAUCAAACAGUCCUCUCCAACAACAAAAAAAGUGAUCAACUCUGAAUCUUCAACUCUGUCCCCUUUUUUCUAACUUUGCUGACCUUGAUGUUAUUCAUUUCUGUUCACACAAUGUGACAGACAAACCAACCUCCAGUAAUUAAACCUACGUUGUUAGUCAAUGUCAGCUGGGAUGAAAAAUAAACCAACCUUGAAACGAUGUGGACUCAGUGGGCGCUCUCACUGACAUCAGCAGAAAACUGAUCAUUCGGAGUCAUGAAGCAGCUGCUCGUAAACUUCACCUCAAACAGAAACAUACAUCCCCCUCUUCUCUCGCUGGUCAUGGUGAUCCCUCCUCCACGCUGAUGCUUUUAAGCAGAGGAGAUACACUGAAACGCAUGUUUAACUUGUCAACACAUUUAAUGAAAGGAGGAGGUCUCAGAGCAAGGUCAAAAUAUAUUGUGGCGAGCCAGUGCUGCAGCGUGGUUGACCUAUAUGGGUGCAGUCAGGCAAAAUAACCAGAAGUAGAGUGGUUGGUAGGUUUAUUAGUGUUUGGGGGAAAUUUGUCAUUUAAAUCAUAAUAAAAGUCCAAUAAGAAGAGAUAAAGCAAAAGCAGACUCAUGACAGUAAAAUGAGUGCAAACCCUCCUCAUGCAUGCACAUAAGAGGUACCACAGGGGGCGCUCUAGUUAAAGUUUAGAGUCAUGGUGGUGAGGUGAAAAGGAUUUGGAGUUGUCUUUAACAUUAAAGCCA